CUCGUUGGAUGGCAUGAAACCAGUCUGCCCCCACACAAUUUGAUUCUGUUCCUCCAUUCGCCAAGCCUUUUAUAUCAUAUAUAGAUGCAAGCUAACCCGUUGUCUUCCUUCAUAAUCACCCAUAUCGUGAUUAACGAUGAUUUCUUACACAUCAUCGUAAGAAAUAGGUUGGAAUCAUGGGAAGAAAUCACAGAGGAAUUGCGAAGAGAAGGGCAUUAAGAGUAAUGGGUAAUUAUGCGAUCUCUUCCUCCAUUGGAGACCCAACUUGUUUUUCAUGCACAACCUUCAAUAUCCUUGCUCCAAUUUACAAACGCCUUAUUCAUGAGGGUAGAGCUUGCAAAGAAAGUGAUAUCAGGUCCUAUUGGUUGAAUAGGAAUGAAAGGAUCUUGGAUUUUCUGUUGUGUGAAAGAUCAUCUAUAAUCUGUCUCCAGGAAUUUUGGGUUGCCAAUGAAGAACUUGUUGAAAUGUAUGACACAAGGCUUGGGGAUGCAGGUUAUAUCAAUUUCAAGCUUCCACGGACCAAUGGUCGUGGCGAUGGCUUGCUAAUUGCUGUGCAUAAAGACUAUUUUCGUGUUAUCGACCAUAGAGACUUCCUCUUCAAUGAUUUUGGCGAUCGUGUUGCUCAGCUUUUGCAUGUUGAACUGGUUACACCCUUCCCACAAAGUCGAUCCAAGAAUGUUUGUCGUGAACUGCUCAUUGUUAAUACUCACUUGUUAUUCCCACACGAUUCGAGUAUGUGUUUGGAAAGAUUGCGCCAGGUGUACAAAAUCUUGCAAUUUGUCGAUGCUUAUCAGAAAGAAAACAAUCUUAAUCCUUUGCCAAUCGUUCUUUGCGGUGACUGGAAUGGGAGCAAGCGCGGUCAUGUUUACAAGUUUCUAAGAUCGCAGGGAUUUGUAUCAUCAUACGAUACUGCUCAUCACUAUACCGAUGCUGAUGCACAUAAGUGGGUUAGCCAUAGAAAUCAUCGGGGAAAUAUAUGUGGUGUCGAUUUCAUAUGGCUUCUUGAUCCAAAUAAGUAUCGGAAGGUACUCCGAUCAAGCUGGAGUGAUGCAGUUUUCGGGUUGUUCAAGUAUCUAGUGAGUCGGGCCUCGCUUACUGGUGAAGAUGCUUUCGCGUUUUUGAAGGCUGUGAGCGAUGGCGAUUAUAUUACUUACUUGGGAUUCUGUGAAGCAUUACGCCAGCUUAAUCUCAUCGGCCAUAGGUAUGGGCUUAGCGAAGACGAAACACAAGACUUAUGGGUUCAAGCAGACAUCGAUGGAAAUGGCGUUCUUGAUUAUAAAGAAUUUCAGCAACAAAUAUGGAAUUCUAUGUGGAGUUACCAAACGGAAAACACGAUCAAGGAUCAAGAAGACAUUGCGAAUGGUACACAGCAGACGACAGGAUUGAGUGUGAAGAAUGCAGUAAUGUUCCCAACGGAAGCCGAAAAUGGACUGUGGCCGGAAGAGUAUUCACUAUCGGACCAUGCGUGUCUUAGGGUCGAGUUUUCGGCGGUUAGAUGACAUGGUGUUGACUGAUUUCUUGAUGGUUUGGGGGUGCUUGUUAAGAAAGAAUGAAUGAAUCAGACAGCAUAAAUGAAGAUUUGUGAAGGUGGAGAAACUGGUUGCUGGCAUUGAAUGCUAUUGCUAUUGCUAUUGCUAUUGCUAUUGCUAUGUAUACAUGAA